AAACGGCCACUGAGUCACCGAGUAAUUGGUAAGCCACAGCCAAAGCCAAAACCUCGUUUUAUUCUUCUCGAUCUUCGAGAAAAAGAAAAAAAAAUAAUUAAAAAAAGAAAAGAAAAAUCCCAGUUCACCGGUAUAAAAACCACCACCACCGGCUGUUUCACCAGAGAAACGUGAUAAAGCCAUUAAAACUGAACCGCCAUCACUUCAACUUCACGCACAAGGACUAAAUUUUGCAGGAAAAAAAAAAGAACAGGAUGAGUAGGCCGGGAGAUUGGAAUUGCAGGUCUUGCAACCAUCUCAACUUUCAACGAAGGGAUUCUUGUCAGCGAUGUGGAGAACCUAGGGCCGACUUCGUCGGCGGAAGCUACGGCAGCGGAAGAGUUCUUGGCUCUUCGUCUUUUGGUUUUACUACCGGCCCCGACGUCCGCCCUGGUGAUUGGUACUGCACCGUCGCCAACUGCGGCGCUCAUAACUUUGCUAGCCGCUCUAUCUGCUUCAAGUGCGGCGCCUCCAAAGAUGAGACUUCCGCCGCCGCCUACGACGGCGAUUUGACCAGAAUGAGAGGCUUUAACUUCGGCGGUGCCUCCAACCGCCCUGGAUGGAAAUCUGGUGAUUGGAUCUGUAACAGGUCGGAUUGCAAUGAGCAUAACUUUGCCAGCCGAAGAGAAUGCUUUAGAUGCAAUGCGCCAAGGGAUUCCAACAGCAAGUCACCAUACUCGUAGAGGUGGUGCCAAUGGAAGGAAUAAAUUCUAGCUAGAAAGAAGAGGAGAGUUUCCCAUGAUAUCUGGAACGUCGUCGUUUUGUUUUCCCCCUUUUUUUUGUAUUUUGUUUUUUUUUUGUUUUUUUUUUGAGGUACGCCCUCUCUAUUUUUCAGUUUCAAAAGUGAUUUAAGUGUCUCCUUUUUGACGGGGGAGCUUUUAAUUUGGAAGAAGUAUGGGUUUUGUUUCUGCAUGCAUGCAGAAAAAUACUUUGGCAGUAGCAUUUUAAUGAAUGAGGCCCCCUCUCUAUGUAUUCAAUUUUCUAAUUUAUAUUAGUACCCAUCUUUUAUAUUUUAA